AUGUCAUCAGAGUCACAGAGAAAAUCAACAAAUUCAUCACAAAAUAACACGAACAUUAACACGACAUUAAUCCCGUCUCCUCCAAGUUCACCAGUUUUGCAUUCUUCAUCAGCACCACCAACUUUAUUUGAAUCCUUUAAGAUAAUAUUCCUCUCUUCAUGGAUAAAUGUACUUUUAAUUUUUGUACCUCUUGGAUACAUAGCAUUUGGAUUAAAAUGGAGUAACACUUCGGUUUUCGUUAUAAAUUUUUUGGCUAUAAUUCCGCUAGCUAAAUUACUUGGAUUUGCAACUGAAGAUAUUAGUUUGAGAGUUGGUCAGACUAUUGGUGGCUUGUUAAAUGCUACCUUCGGUAACGCAGUAGAAUUAAUUGUUUCCAUAAUAGCACUUAAAGAAGGACAAAUACGUGUAGUUCAAGCUUCAAUUCUUGGAUCAAUUAUUUCAAAUUUAUUAUUAGUGUUAGGAAUGUGUUUUGUUGCGGGAGGAUUUUAUCAUAAAGAACAAAAAUUUAAUAUGACUGCAGCGCAAACGAGUUCAAGUUUAAUGGCUUUGGCAUGUAUUGGUUUAAUUAUUCCUGCAGCUUUUAUUUCUUCUGUUGAAACUCCAGAAAUCGUUCAAACUGGUAGUGAUCAUACAAGUGAACUUUUAAAUUUAUCCCAUGGAACGGCAAUUGUUUUGUUGAUAAUUUACAUUCUUUAUCUUUUAUUCCAAUUGAAAACUCAUACGCAUUUAUACCAAGACGAAGGAGUAAUCGAAGAUGAUGAACAACCACAAUUAACUCUUAUUGUAUCGUUUUUGUUAUUGGCUGCUGUAACUGUUGCUGUAGCAUUUUCUGCUGAAUACUUAGUUGGUUCAAUCGAAGGAAUUGUUGAAACUUCUGGGUUAAGUAAAACCUUUGUUGGUUUGAUUUUAUUGCCCAUCGUUGGUAACGCUGCCGAGCACGUAACCGCUGUUACCGUUGCAAUGAAAAAUAAAAUGGAUCUUGCCAUCAAUGUAGCCGCCGGCAGUUCUAUGCAAAUCGCGCUUUUCGUUUCACCAUUACUCGUUAUACUCGGAUGGAUAAUAGGGCAACAAAUGACAUUGUUUUUCCGAACAUUCGAAACUAUUGUAUUGUUCAUUUCAGUUUUGAUCACAAAUUAUCUCAUUCAGGAUGGCGAAUCAAAUUGGUUAGAAGGUGCUAUGUUGCUGGCAACAUAUGUUAUUAUUGCCUUAGCUUUCUUCUUUUAUCCCAAUCAUAAUGAAUAA